GAGGUCCCCGCUCCAGUACAACCAUGUACAGACAACUCCCCGAAUUAUACAAAUAGAUAGAACAGGUUAGGACAGUUACCAUAUUAGUAUGUGUGAGCGAACUGUAUGCGAGCACAAAGGGAAUCCCUUAUAUAUUUAUGGCCAUCCCGUCCUUUUAGUUGCACCUCCUUAUUGUCUCGUUGUCUUUUAUACAUUGUAUAUUGGUAGAUGACACCGAGUAAAUUGACAGUAUCUCAUAACUCGCUAGAUUCUCUAUUGAAAAUGGAUCUCAAGAUGGACUUUGAAAUCGAGGGAAAAGUAGCCAUCGUCACCGGCGCCGGCUCAGGUAUCAAUCUCGCAUUCGCAACGCUCCUCCUCUCAAAAGGUUGCAACGUCGUAAUAGCCGACCUCUCUCUCCAACCCGCCGCAACCGAACUCCUCACCACCUACACCAGCCCCUCCCUUCCCACCCACACCUCCACUUCCCCAGAUUCCUCAUCCCCCCGUACCCCCGCACCCCCACAAUGUCUCUACCACCCCACCGAUGUCACAUCCUGGCCUGCGCUCACCUCCCUCUUCGAUUUCACCCUCUCCCAUUUCCCCACAGGAAUAGACAUCCUCGUCCCCGGCGCCGGACUCUUCGACCCCCUCAUCUCCAACUUCUACAACCCCCCCGGAACCCCCCUCUCCCAAGACACGCAUCAUCUUCGCUCUCCUCCGCCCCUCUCGCAAGGCCCCACGGAAACCCAUCCAACCCCCCCUCCUCCUAAAAUCAACCGCUUCCCAGGCUCCUUCCACACCCUAAACGUAAACGUCACCCACCCCAUCCGUCUCACGCAAAUGGGAGUCGAGUAUUGGACUUCGUCAAAGCGAAGCGGAAGAGUAGUUUGCCUGGGGAGCGUAGCCGGUCAAAUAGGCGUCAUGGAAACCCCGCUGUAUAACGCGAGCAAAUUUGCGAUUACGGGGUUUGUGAGGAGUCUCGCGGGCUUGGAGGAGUUGGGGAUUCGGGUGACGGCUAUUGCGCCGGCGCUUGUGCAGACUCCAAUCUGGUCUCAUCAACCCGAUAAAAUGGCCAUGUUGACCUCGGGUCAAAAAUGGAUUGCUCGGGAAACAGUCGCAGAAGCCAUGUUGGAAUUACUUACUCGGGAAGACUAUGUAGGCGGGACAAUUUUAGAAGUUAGUGGAUGUGGGACUAGGGUUGUGAAGAUGAUUGGGGAUGAAGGACCGACGUUUGAACCGGGGUAUAUGAUUGGGAAUUUAGAGGGGUAUAAGGAGGAGAUUUAUCACAAGCUGAGGGAGGGGAAGAUGGGGAUGUGACGGUUUGUGAUUUCCAGGCGUUGGGCCAGAGGACAGCGAUGACCACGACAGGACAGAGAAAGUAAACCGAGAAUGUUGCAUUUGUGUAAAUGGAGACUGGCUUCAACAGCUAGCUCUUGUUACUGUACUAGACAAGACUUCAUAUUAAGUAUAUCCA